CCAACGGCUUGAAAAACCGACACUUACCGCAAGACUCAACGACCUGCCAAAAGUGCGGUCGCUAUCCAGGCAAGAUGAAGAGCCUUCGGAGAGACUUCUCCUCUAACCCGCAGGCAGCAAAUGUCACCAGCAAAGUCUUCGUGAGAUCCACGAAAAGUGGAAAAGUUCAAAAGAUCGUUCGCGAACUCUACCUCAGACAGGAUAUCCCUUGCUCAUCCAAGCUUUGCUCGAUAUGCCCGUCUACUGCGCCAGCGGAUGCUAAUGGAAACAUUUCGCCGUUCGUGCUUUCGGAGCAUCCUGCGGGCACCACCGCUUUCCCCCGCGGCCACUACCUCGUCCCUGAUACGAAUGCAUUGCUAAAUGGCAUGGAUCUUUUCGAACAUACCGGAGCCUUCUACGAUGUCAUCAUUCUCCAAACCGUCCUCGAGGAGCUGAAGAACCAGUCGCUGCCCCUCUACAACCGUCUGCUCUCUCUGAUCAAGACCGACGAAAAGCGUUUCUACCUCUUCUUUAACGAGUUCCGACUGGAGACCCAUGUUCGGAGGGGCCCCGAUGAGUCGAUAAACGACAGAAAUGACAGAGCGGUGCGAACGGUGGCGAAGUGGUAUACAGAGCAUCUCAAGACAACGGCGAGAAAGGGAAAAAAGAAUGACAUCCCGGCUAUUGUUGUCAUCACUGAUGACAAGGAAAACCUUCGUAAAGCGAAGGAUGAGGAUGUGACGGCAUUGUCAUUGUCGGACUAUGUAUCAGGUCUAGAGGACUCCGACAGGCUGCUUGACAUGAUCAACGAGUCGAAGGAGGCCAGGGAAGUGAAGGGUGCCCGCGGCGAGCUUUUCUACCCAGAAUACUACUCGAUGUCAAAGCUCAUGACAGGCAUAAGGGCCGGAACGUUGCACCAGGGAGUAUUCAACGUGUCGCCGUACAACUACUUGGAGGGCUCAGUCAACACCCCGGCAUUUGACAAGCCCUUGCUCAUUCUGGGUCGCGAUAACAGCAACAGAGCUAUCUCCGGAGAUGUUGUGGUAAUUGAAGUACUUCCCAAGGACCAGUGGAAGUCCCCUUCAACCAAACUUGUCGACGAAGAGGCUGUCACGAAGAAUGACAACCCCGAUGCAGAUGAUACCGAGGCGGUGGUGACGGAGAGGGAACGGAAGGCAUUGCAAGAAGAGGUUAGGAAGGCUCAUGGGAAGAGUUCAGAGGGAAGACCGCAACCAACAGCCAAGGUGGUCGGGGUUAUGAAACGCAACUGGCGUCAAUAUGUCGGACAUGUCGAUGCAGGAUCGACAGGCGCUCAGGCUAGCUCCGGUCGCCGCCAGCAGAACGUCUUCGUGCUUCCUAUGGACAAACGCGUGCCAAAAAUUAGAGUCCGUACCAGACAAGGUGGCGAUCUUUUGGGCCAACGAAUCCUGGUCACUAUCGACGCUUGGGACCGCGAUUCCAGGUACCCUACUGGCCAUUUUAUCCGGUCAUUGGGAGAACUCGAGACUAAGGGAGCUGAGACAGAAGCUUUGCUCCUUGAGUACGAUGUGCAAUACAAGCCAUUCCCGAAGGCUGUUCUCGACUGCCUCCCUGCCGAGGGCCAUGACUGGAGAGUACCGGCUAGCAAGGAGGAUAUAGGCUGGAAGGGACGAAGAGAUCUUAGAGAUCUCCUCAUCUGCAGUAUCGAUCCGCCAGGUUGUCAAGAUAUCGAUGACGCUUUGCACGCACGGCCAUUACCGAACGGAAACUUCGAAGUCGGUGUCCACAUUGCAGAUGUGUCUCACUUUGUCAAGCCAAACAAUGCGAUGGACCUGGAGGCUAGUCUCCGUGGAACAACAGUCUACCUGGUAGAUAAGCGUAUCGACAUGUUGCCGCACCUGCUCGGUACAGAUCUUUGUUCCCUCAAGCCCUACGUGGAGCGCUACGCCUUCUCCGUCCUAUGGGAAAUGACGCCCAACGCAGAAGUCGUUUCCGCGGACUUCACCAAGUCCGUCAUCCGCUCUCGCGAAGCCUUCAGUUACGAGAAGGCCCAGAAGCGCAUCGACGACCCUUCACAGAAAGACGAACUCACCGAAAGCAUGCGUACUCUGCUCCGCUUCUCCAAGAUCCUCCGACAGAAGCGCAUGGAUGCAGGUGCACUGAAUCUCGCCUCGCCAGAAGUCCGGAUCGAGGCCGACAAUGAUGAAGUCGGUGACCCACUCACAGACGUAAAGACGAAAGCCAUGCUCGAGACAAACAGUCUCGUCGAGGAAUUCAUGCUUCACGCCAACAUCACAGUCGCUUCCAAGAUCUACAGCACCUUUUCCCAAACCGCCAUGCUCCGUCGCCACGCCACCCCUCCCCCGCAAAACUUUGAAGAGAUUAUCAACCAGCUUACCAAGAAGCGGGACAUGAGACUCGAUGUGUCGAGCUCCCGUGCCCUCGCCGACUCCCUCGACCGUUGUGUGGACGAGAAGAACCCCUUCUUCAACACCCUGGUCCGCAUUCUCGCUACACGCUGCAUGACCUCCGCCGAGUACUUCUGCGCAGGAGCCCACGCCGAGUCCGAAUUCCGUCACUACGGUCUCGCCUCACCCAUCUACACGCACUUCACCUCCCCCAUCAGACGUUACGCGGAUCUGUUGGUCCACCGCCAACUCGCUUCGGCGAUCAACUACGAAGGCGAAGAUGGCCGCGCUGUCGUUGAAGGAGUCAUGACUCGGAACCGGCUUGAGGAUAUCUGCCGGAACAUCAACUACCGUCACCGCAACGCCCAGUUUGCGGGCCGCGCCAGCAUCGAAUACUACGUCGGACAGGCGCUCAAGGCGCGCGGCGAGAAGAUGGCAGCGGAUGGCGUGGACGGCGGCAUUGAAGAGGAGGGAUACGUCAUGCGUGUCUUCGAAAACGGUGUCGUGGUAUUCGUUCCGCGAUUCGGCAUCGAAGGUGUCGUUCGCUUGGAGGACUUCGUGCUCCCGGGUGACAGCGCUCUCCGCACUGUCGAAGAACGACGGGAGCUGGUGACGCGCCGACAGAGCGACUUCGACAACGAAGAGUAUACUCUGCGCGUGUCAAACAAGGGACAAUCCGACUCCGAACACGUUUCGACUGUGGAACUCUUCCAGAAGGUCAACGUCAACGUCAGCUCCGUGAAGGAAGAAGGUGGUCGCGGUGCAGGAAAGAGGAGAGUCAGAAUACUGAUCUUGGGCAGCGAUGCCUAGACUAAAAGUUUCCAAGUAAUGAAUAUUGGGUAUGCAACCUCACCACGACUAUAAGGCGUCUAGCGGUGCUUAUGUAGAAUCCAUAUGUUUAUGUUUCUUCUUGAACAACGCAAUUUUAUUCUAG